AUGUUCAGCUGGGCUGAGGAGGAUCCAAAAGAGAUUCUUCAGUCUGUGUAUGAGUGCAUGGACCGAACCUGUGAGAAACUGACCCAGCUCAACAUUGACAUCUCAAACAUUAAAGCUAUUGGUGUGACCAAUCAGAGGGAAACCACCCUUGUUUGGGACAAGGAAACAGGAGAACCACUUUAUAAUGCUAUAGAUGGAGCCUCUGUACUGGUCAGCUUGGUCACUUGUUCAGUACUUCACCAUCAUCACUUCCACAGUCCUGUGAACGGUGUGUCCUUCUCCCCGAUGGAAAGUUAAUUAUUACACACAGCACUUAUUAUCUUUAUAAUAUGAUUUUAUGCAUGAAAGUAUUCACCAUCAGGGCAUCCAAGAUGUAGAUGAGUUUGUUUUUUCAUUCCGUAUUUGGAGAAAUUUAGCAUUAUAUCAUUUGCUCACCAGUGGAUCCUUUGCAGUGAAUGGGAGUCCAAAGAGCUAAUAAAAUCAUCACAAUAAUUCACGUCACUUCAAAUCAUUGCUUCAGGCCUUAAUUGUAAUAACAUUCAUUAGUGAAACAGUCCAUCCACUGUUGUCGUCUCAUAUCAAAAUCCACUCACAUAUUUGUUUAGAUCUGUUUUGACUUGUCAA